GAUAAAACGGCGGCGUCCGAGACAGAAACGCAUCAAAUCGAAACCAUCUCUCUCUCCAAAAACGCAUUCUCUGACGAAAACCCAUUUGAACUCAACAACCACACAUUAUACACACAACACAGACACAGAGAUUAAACGAAAAAAAAGUGCACAUUUAGUUUUAAUAUGGAAGGUACUGUCAUUAGGAGGGUCAUUCCUUCAGACAACAGUUGCCUCUUCAAUGCUGUUGGGUAUGUUAUGGACCAUGACAAAAACAAAGCUCCCGAGUUGAGACAGGUUACAGCUGCGACAGUGGCAAGUGAUCCGACACAAUAUUCUGAAGCAUUCCUUGGGAAGCCAAAUGAAGAGUACUGCACCUGGAUUCUUGACCCAGAGAAGUGGGGAGGUGCCAUUGAGCUUGCAAUAUUAGCAGAUUAUUAUGGACGUGAAAUUGCAGCAUAUGAUAUCCAAACCUUGAGAUGCGAUUUGUAUGGACAGGGAAAGAACUAUCAUGAAAGGGUUAUGCUCAUUUAUGAUGGGCUCCAUUAUGAUGCUUUGGCUAUGUCUCCAUCUGAUGGAGCUCCAGAAGAGUUUGAUCAGACAAUUUUUAUGAAGGAUGGAACUGCUGGAAUGGUUGAACGGCUUGCUCUUAAUCUUGUUAGGGAACAACAAAGGAAAAGAAGUUACACCGACACUGCCAACUUUACUUUGCGAUGUGGGGUCUGCCAAAUUGGAGUCAUUGGCCAAAAGGAAGCUGUGGAGCAUGCACAAGCAACAGGACAUGUGAACUUUCAAGAAUACAAAUGAUGAUUGAAAUUGAGAGUGAUAGGGAACAGAAAUAAACAAAAUUUCUUUCAUUGAGCUUGUUCACACUUUAGUUUGUUAUUUUGUAUGGUCUAGUGAAAAUCUGAUUGAAUUGUUAUUGUGGGAACCAAUAAACUUGUGUAAUUUUAUGUUGUUGUAACCAAAAUGCAAAACAGUUUUCCCUUGUUAUGAAUCAUGUUGGAGAAUUUCAUAGUA